AUGCAAUUCACGCUCCUCGCAUCAUCUCUUAUGGCUUUGGCUGUCUCCGCGGUGUCUGCUUCACCCGUGUCCAAUGGGGCUCGUAUGAUAUUGGACGUUUGGUCCCCGACGAUCAUUUCUCCCAACGCAAGCACUGUUUGGACUGAAGGACAACAGUACAACGUCACUUGGGACACCUCCAAUGCUCCUGUCAAUAUCUCAAACGGAGCUUCUGUACGCCUGGGUCAAGAUGGGGUCUUGACUGACACAACCCUUGCCAGUGGCUUUGACCUUAGGCAAGGAUGGGUUUCCGUCACAUGUCCUUCGAACGUUGUCCCAGGAGACGACUACUCCGUCAUCUUAUUCGGGGAUUCCGGUAACCAGAGUCCCCAAUUCACUAUCCAGAGUAGUCUCGAGAGUAUACUUCCUGGUCUCUAG